AUGGGGCGUACGUUACCAAAUGUGUUGGUCACGGGUGUGCCCGGAGCCGGGAAGACGACGUUGGCCGAGGCGUUGGAGACGGCCUGGCAGGCGGAGCGAGUGGAUGUGGCCAAGUUGAUUCAGGAGCAGCACCUAUACAGUGAGUUUGAUACGGAGAGGAACUGCACGGUCUACGACGCAGACGCGGUAUACGACGAGUUGGAUGCUUUGGUGGCAAGCGGCGGCGUCAUCGUUGACUUCCACUCAGUCGAUUUCAUGGCCCUCAGACGCUGGUUCGAUCUCCUCGUCGUCCUCCACGUGCCCACCGACGUGUUGUGGGAGCGACUCGAAAAUCGCGGCUACAACGAGGCUAAGAUUGCCGAGAACGUCGAGUGCGAAAUCAUGCGGGAAAUCGAUAAUGAAGUCGAAGAAUACUUUGUCGAAACGCAUACCUGUCAGUUCCAAAAACAUGAUUUAAUUACAUUAAUCCAAACCACCACUCCCCCAAGUGACCUCGAACCACAUGUCUGUGUAAUCGAAAUCAACGAACAUCUUCAACCCAACCUCCAAGACAUCGUCGAUAAACUCACCCACUGGAAGAACAAACAUUUCACGUAA